AGAUUGUUUAUCGGAGCAGAGUGACAGGCGGUUUUGCCACAUCAACCGACUUGCAAGUCCUAAGUAAGAAUUCUAUAGCAUUUCAACCGGUAGCUACCGGACACUCUUUGGAAGACCCUUCCGAGAAGGAACCCUCAUAGCGCAGAAUCUAUACCCUGUGAUAAGAAGGACGCGUGCUAUCGCGUUGAUCGGAUUGUGCUUAAGACCGGCGCUUGCUUGGUAAUGUGCCUGGACUGGCUAGAGAUACACUUCGCUUGCCUGUCUGAACAAAAUGACUGCCGAUAUGGACACUCAGAACGAGUAUGAUGAUAGUGGACUCCCGGGGCCCGGAGCGCCCACGCCACUAUCAGCCCUGGAGGGUGUUGCGGGGUUAACGGGCAGAGAUAUCAAACUGUUUGUCGAUGCUGGCUAUCACACUGUCGAGUCAAUUGCGUAUACGCCCAAGCGUUUACUGGAACAGAUUAAGGGUAUCUCGGAGCAGAAAGCUACGAAGGUUCUAGUCGAGGCUGCCAAGCUCGUACCAAUGGGUUUCACGACCGCGACGGAAAUGCAUGCUCGGCGAAGCGAGUUGAUAUCAAUCACGACAGGAUCCAAGCAAUUGGACACUCUCUUGGGAGGCGGUAUCGAAACGGGCUCUAUUACUGAGAUAUUCGGAGAAUUCAGGACGGGUAAAAGUCAGAUAUGCCAUACGCUUGCUGUGACUUGUCAGCUGCCAUUUGAUAUGGGGGGCGGCGAAGGCAAGUGUCUCUACAUUGACACCGAAGGAACAUUUCGACCGGUGCGCCUGUUGGCCGUUGCCCAGCGAUAUGGGCUCGUUGGGGAAGAGGUACUGGAUAAUGUGGCGUACGCUCGAGCUUAUAACUCGGACCACCAACUUCAGCUACUGAACCAAGCAUCUCAAAUGAUGUGUGAGACUCGCUUCUCGCUUCUCGUCGUCGACUCUGCUACAUCGCUCUACCGGACAGACUUCAAUGGCCGUGGUGAACUGUCAAACCGUCAGACACAUCUGGCUAAAUUCUUGCGCACCUUGCAGCGCUUAGCAGAUGAAUUUGGUAUUGCCGUUGUCAUCACCAAUCAGGUCGUUGCCCAGGUCGAUGGAGGUCCUAGUGCGAUGUUUAAUCCGGACCCCAAGAAGCCAAUUGGUGGAAACAUUAUCGCGCACGCCAGUACGACCAGACUGAGCUUGAAGAAGGGGAGGGGAGAGACGCGAGUGUGCAAGAUCUAUGACAGCCCCUGUCUGCCGGAGAGUGAUUGUCUCUUCGCCAUCAAUGAAGAUGGCAUUGGAGAUCCUAGCCCCAAGGACUUGGAGAACGAUUAAGGGAAAAUGCGGCCUCAAUAAUUAGUUACGAUACGAUGAUCGGUAUUUUUUUUCUAAUUGGCUUGUUAGUACAUAUAGUUUAGUAACCUGAUUUUGAUAGCCUACGGUGUUUGUGGCAUUGUGUUAGAGAGAUUAUUAUAUGUUCAGUAAAAAUUAUAGCUAAACUUCGAAACGGGGCUUCAUCAGUGGGAAAAAGUCGGUGGAAGUUAAUUAAUAAA